GCAUCCACCGAUGACGAACAACACAGAAGCUUUCUCAAAUUAGCGAUAUGCUACAGUGUUUUAGACCAAGAACAUGCCGUUAGAGCCCAGUUUCUGGGUUCAGUUGUAAAACAUUCUGUGGAAAAUGGCGGCUUUCAUCGCUCAUCCGUCAGUGAGGAUCAAAGGUACAGAGCACAACUACAACCCAGUGCUCUGCCAAGAUGAGACCUGCUCGUCUAGGGCUAAGGAGAGCCACAUGCACUGCCCUUUCUGCGGCAUCACUGAGGCCUACCAGGACCCGGUCAUCCUGCGGGCACACUACCGCGUCAAGCAUGUAGACAAAGGCAUUGAUUUUGCUGGCUUGAAAGUACUGCGCUGCUGCAACCACUGUGAGAUUGUAGGCACCAUCAAAGGGGAGAAGAAAUUCAAAGGAGCUCACUGGCACUGCUACCGCUGUCGAAACGGUUUCAACCGCCGCGACGAGGCCAUCAAACACUACAAGACCCACUUCCGCAACCCACACACUACCUUCCAGAUCCAGAUCACCCAGGAGGUGAAUAGCCGUCAGUACUAUGAGCAGAGUGCAGAGGCACACCCCAAGGCCUACAGUGGCCUUGCCAUCGGUGCCGGCUCAAACGGAGACUACAGCGCUGUGCUGACACAGACCAUCAUCGCCACGCCAACCAGCUCCGACACGCUCCUUACGGACGAGCCCAAGGACAGCAGUGUGAACAAUGGGAUUGCAGUGGGAGCGGAGGAGACGGUGGGCCUUUCCCAGCAUGCUGCAGGCCAGCAGACGCUUGUUCUCAUGGACCCUGAUGGGGAGACUGGUAACCUGAUAUACGACACAGCGACCAGUAUCAUCACAGAGCAGGGUGCUGAAAGCCUGGACCAGAGCCUGCUCCUGGAGAAACAGCUCCUGGACCUGCACCAGCAGAACCAGGUCCUCCGCGCAGAGAAGGCUGCCAUGGAGAAGAGGCUCCAGGCCGAGAUCCAGUGCCUUAAAGACCAUAUGGCCAGUCUGGUGCAGGCCAACGUGAAAAUGUUUGAAGAGCUGCAGUUAUACCGUACUUCAGAAAGCAGUGAACAGAAGAUCAAAAAUCUUGUGGAAAGUAUGGAGGCGCAGCAUCGCGAGCUGUUACAGACACAGCUGGGCACCUUGAGGAAGGAGCUCCUGCAUCGAGACGGCGCGCUUCCUGUCAACGGCCAUGCCGAGGUGCUGCAACUCAGUCUGCCCCCUGGUGGCGAGGAGGGGCAGGAAGCAGGUGGCAUGAGCAUCUCCUUCCUCAGCGAGGACCAGUCCGGCGGGCCAGAAAGCCAGCCUCCUGCCCUCACAGGACUGGAGAUAGUUGAGGUGCAGCUUCAGCCCAACCAGGUGGAACCUGAGUCCAAAAUGGAGAGCCCCCUCCCUGGCACCCCUCCAGUCUAUUCGGUGGAGGUGCUGGAGGGGGAGCAGGACGUGUUAUUGGCCAAGAAACGCUCCCCUGAGGCGGAGCCAGAGGAGGGGGAAAAUACCAAAAAGCAGCGCACCACCUGAGAUGUCAGACCCAUAAUGGAGUCAGUCGCAUUCUCACUGUCUCUUCGGCUUGUCUGUCCAAGAUGGUGCGGAUCUUACUAGAACAUUUCAGUUCUAGAUCAUGAGGACUAGAGCAGAAGCAGAAAUAUGCUCUGAAAAGGGACCUGAACCACACUGAAUUAUCCCAUAUAUGACUGUUAAGCUACAUGCUUUUCCGCUGUACUGCCGUUUAGCAGGGCAAUGCUAACUGGACCCUUUUUAUACGUGCUAACUAUAGCUUUGAAAUCUCGAUGGUUUCUCACUGAGUGAACAUUACCUGGACCUGAACCAAACCUAUUUAUGUUGUUUAUGUUUGUUUUUGUAUUGAUGCUGGCAUUAUUCAGAUGUUAAAAGUUAUCCAAUUCACCUGAACCAUGAUAAAAUCCACCUCACCAUGGUGAAUUUCCCUUUGAAGUAGAUCUACUGCAACAAAAUUAAUCCAAUUCAUAGCCUUUGCAUAUCUCACAUGCAGUUAAAUUUCUUGAAACUAUAAUGGCAAACUGAAUAUUCAGAAGUUUAAAGUUACAUUUUCAGUAAAUUGUAUAAGCUAUAUGCCACUUGUGAUAUUUAGUACAUGUAGGUUUCAGCUCACAUUUAACUGAUGGAAGUGCUAUAUCAUUCAAUCAAACCAUGCUCCUGUGCAAUGGAGAUUACCAUUUAAUUUUUAAACAUCCUGCUGCAGUUAGGAUUGCUUCAGAUGUCAUUCCAGACUUGCAGUUGUAGAACUGCAUCUUAAGGUUUGUGUUAAAAGAACAAAAAUAACAAGAAUAAAUGUCUGAAUGAAGGAAUAUUUUGUAUGCAAAUGGAUAAUGUGGAAUGUUAGCAGUGAUCUUCCACUGAUUUGUGCUGUUAAAUCUUGAUGAGGUCUGAUACUUUGCAUUCAGCUUGUGGAUGAAUACUUUGAAAUCUCACCAAAUUUUCAACACUAAUCAGGCCACAGACCGUUUUAAUUACGGAAAAUAUCAUUGGCAAUAUCCAGAGAGCAAAAUGCACUGCAAUUUUUCCAUUUGGUGGCUUUUAAUCAGUGACUGAAGUUAAUUUCACACGAUAAGCAAACAAUAUCGCUAUAAGUGGUGAGUUAUAAUCUUGCAAGUUCCACAGUCAAGGUGCACGCUUAAAAAUCUAGAGAGAAGGGUAAAAGUCAGGAAUUUGACAGGCACUUUUUAUGAAUAAGUGAUAAUACAGUAACGUUAGCGAAGUGCAGCUUCGCAGUUCGGCAUACCUUGUGGGCGCGCUCUUCGAUUUCUGUACUUUCGCUGGUAUAGAUGCAAAAUACCAUAACAUUAAAAUCAAAAUACAAAUCUAUCUAAA